AUGGUUCAGCUCUCCUCCUCCUCCUUCUCCUCCUCUUAUACCCCUUUCUCCCUGGUGGUCAUCCCCCUCCUGGCCAUCGCGGCUUUCUUGCUCAUCAAACUCUCAAAAGUCGGUCGGCGGGCUCCAGGCUUGCCUCCUGGACCGCCGACCAUCCCAAUCUUGGGGAAUCUGCAUUUGAUGCCAACGAAAAAUCCACAUGUUCAGUUCCAAAAGUGGGCUCAGGAAUAUGGACCCAUCUACUCCCUAAUCCUCGGGACAAAGACGAUGAUCGUGCUGUCUUCCGACCAGGCGGUCAAGGACUUGCUGGACAAGCGGAGUGGCAUCUACUCGGAUCGACCUGACAUGUUUAUCGGCCAGAAGAUUGCCAGCGGGAAUCUGCGGCUUGUCGUCAUGAGAUAUGGCGAUACGUGGCGCAUGAUUCAUCGCAUCGUCCACAACAUCCUCAACAUCAAGGCCGCCGUCACCUACGUGCCAUACCAAGACCUGGAGAACAAGGUCCUGAUGGACGGCCUGCUGGACACCCCCGAAGAGUUCCUGAACCAUAUUCGCCGCUUCAGCUAUUCGCUGGCCACGCAGAUGAUUUUCGGCUUCCGCUGUCCAGAUAUCAAGGACCGACAUCUCCAGCAACUAUUCUGGAGCUUUGAGCGUUGGGGAGAGCUGGCCGGUAGCGCCAGUGCGCAGAUCGUCGACCUCUUUCCCAUCCUACAAAAACUCCCAAAAGCUCUGGCGCCGAACGUCAGAUAUGCGGAGAAACUGCACAAGAUUGAAAAAGACCUCUAUCUGGGCCAUUGGAUGCGGGCGAAACGGGGACUCGAGAAUGGUACUGGUUUGCCAUGCUUUUGCAACGACGUGCUCCGCAUCCAGCAGAAGGAAGGGUUCUCCGACGACGCCGCAUGCUACAUGAGCGGCUCGCUCCUCGAAGCGGGUUCGGACACCACAUCGUCGACUCUAUACGGGUUCAUCCAGGCUAUGAUCAUAUGGCCCGAUGUACAGAAAAAGGCGCAAGAAGAGAUCGAUCGUGUUGUGGGAGACCACCGUCUGCCGACGAUGGACGACUACGAUCAGCUCCCCUACAUCCGGAGCUGCAUCAAGGAGAGUUUGAGGUGGAUGCCGACAAUCAUUCUCGGAGUGCCUCACGCGGUCAUGAGGGAUGAUACGUAUGGUCCAUAUACCAUUCCAAAGGGUGCAUCGGUUAUCAAUAAUGUCUGGAGAAGCCCUGAGCCCCGUCGCUUCAACCCCGACCGCUUCAAAGACGACCACACCACCUUGUACCAGUCGGCAAAUGGCGAUCCGGCCAAACGAGACAACUUCAACUUUGGCGCAGGCCGCCGCCUCUGCCAGGGGAUCCAUAUCGCCGAGCGCUCGCUAUUCCUCGGCAUCUCCCGCCUUCUCUGGGGUUUCGACCUCUCCAAGCCGCUAGACAAGAACGGCGUGCCUAUCACGCCCGACAUCGACGACCUCGUGGGCGGGAUCACCGUACAACCGCGAGACUAUCAGGCCGUCUUCAAGCCGCGGUCUCCCGAGAAGGUCAAGAUUAUCCGCGACGCCGCGCGCGAGGCACAGAGCCUGCUCGACCCCGAGACGAAACAGUGGAGGAAAGUACCCGAGGGGAUGGCGCUGAGUACAUGGAUGCCGGAGAAGGUUGAGGUGUAG